AUGAAAUGGACGGCGCACAUCGAAGGAGGGCCGAUGAGAGUCAAUCAUGCAGCAGUAUGCAUUGGAAACAAAAUUUAUUCUUUCGGAGGAUAUUGUUCAACCGAGGAAUAUAAAGAUUGGGAACCUAUACCGGUCCAUGUUUUGGAUACGGAAACAUUGCGUUGGGCAGCAGUAAAUUAUAAGAAAUCUGAUAUGGUACCGUUUCAGCGAUACGGCCAUACAACAGUGGCAUAUGGAGACAAGGUAUAUAUGUGGGGCGGUAGAAAUAACGCUGUGGCAUGUGACACACUCUCCUGUUUCGACACAAAAACUUUGGAAUGGUCAACGCCACCAGUCUCCGGCAUGGUACCUUAUGCUAAAGAUGGACAUUCUGCAUGCGUUAUCCAAAAUAAGAUGUACAUUUUUGGAGGAUUUGAAUAUCUCACAGAUCAGUAUUCUCAAGAAGUUCACUGCCUGAAUCUCGAUACUAUGAAGUGGACUUUCAUUAAUGCCGCUGGUACUCCACCUUCACACAGGGACUUCCACACUGCAGUAGCUUACGGUACAAGAAUGUACAUCUAUGGUGGACGCGGUGACAUGAAUAGUCCAUACAAUUCCCAGGAAGAAGUAUAUUGCCCUGAAGUGUUUUUUUUUGAUACUGUAUCUGAGACAUGGGUAGGUUUAAAUCCGCAAGGUAUAUGGCCAGAAGGACGACGUAGCCAUUCAGCAUGGCUUUACAAAGAUCACAUGUAUAUAUUCGGAGGAUUUAACGGAAACACGAAGACUCAUUUCAAUGAUCUGUACAGAUAUUCCAUAACUGACAAUGUUUGGGAAUAUUUGAAUGUAACUGGCACGGUACCGUGCAAACGACGGCGCCAAGCUUGUCUAAUUUACAAAGAUGUAGUCUACUUAUUUGGAGGAACAAGCCCCUGCCCAAACCCAGAUAACCGCAUAUUAGAUAAUUUGAAUGCCAACCCGGAGCGUCUGAUUGACAACAGCGAUCUUCACCUUCUGGAAUAUGCGCCGACCCUUAAAACUCUCUGUAUAUUAGUUGUGGUAGAACACAAUCUAGACCAAAGCUUCCUACCACGUGAUAUUGUAUUGGAUAUCCGGACAGUGACAGUUCCAAAUCGCAUCAGCAGGCCAAUAAACCAAGCUGGUUGA